AGCAGUAGCUCGCCAUCUGUAGCCCAGAGUGUGGCUCACACCAAGGCAACAUCUGACGUUGGUUUUGGACAGCGCAGCCACAAUGGGGAAUUCAUUUUUUGUUGAAUUCAAGUCGAAGGUGGACGGCGAAGUGAUCAACCCGUUGCAGAAGACGAUCCUGGAGUCGGGCGAGAUCCGUAAACCGAGCCACAACUGUCGCACAUUGAGCCAGGACAUGUGGCGGGGCGCCAUCGGCUCUUCCUUCACCGUCUUCAUCGGCGGCAUCCUCCUCAUUCUCAUGCACAGAGGCAUUGCGUUCAUCUACAUCGAGCUGACCCAUGCAUCCAAUACACAGGAUUCCAGGUGGAACAGGGGCAAGAAUCGGGUGAUGUCCCACGAUGUGGUAAUCGCUGCCAAACACUUGACCAAUCGCCUCGUGCUGGAAAAGAAGAAGAAGAUUCUGACAGCUGAGGAGAUUGAGCAGCUGAAUGCCACGGAGACAUCGAAGAUAAGGAAGGUCAACUUGUCAAUCGAUGUUCAGGAAUGGGCCCAGCGAAUGAUAUCGGCACAGUCUUUAAUUGGUCGAGGUCUUGUGAUGAUGGUGUUCCUGCUCAGCUUCGGAUCCCUCUUCAUCUACUUUGUCAUCUCCAUAGAAAGCAGCGAGGACACCCGCGUGGUCCUGGAGAAACUCCAAGCGGUGGAUCUGGGUUUCAAUUCCUUCUUCCUGUUCUACUUUGGACUCCGUGUAAGUGAUCUGCUGCCCCGGGGACCCCCGUGAGCCGCGCUCUGAGACGGGGCGAUACAACUUCCCACCUCGGCCCCGAGCCGUGAGUGUGUAACCCAGGCCCGACCUCACCCCCCCGACCUGACAUUCACAUCCCCUGCCCGAGG